UCCUCCUGGGGCCUGAGGCUCGCUCCGCACGACCCGCCCAGGCUCCCGCGGAAGCUCCGGCAUUUGGGGGACCGCCUCCCAGAGCCCUUGUCAGCCGGGACUGGCCAGACAGGGAUGCGCAGCAGGAGGAGGAACUUGGCACGAGACAACGCAGCGAAGCCCCCGGGCCCCUCACCCGCACGAGAAUGCUCCGGUGUCUCCAACAUUUCCUAAAUGUCUGUAAGCCUUAGCACUGAAUCCCGGGUCUGCACCUGACAGACAUCACAUGUGGAGACUCUUCUUUCCUUGUCCAGCAUCAGAGAUGCCAGGAAAGAGGCAAGGGUGGGGACGUUAAUUUACCCACCGCCCAUUUCCGGUACCAAGGCAUUUGUGCAGCAUGUGUUGAAAGUAAAGAAUCUGCCCAAAAUGUCUUCAAGGGACUAGCGACCCAGUGGAAAAGGCACCACCUUCCAUGGUCAAUAAUGAACAACGCCAGCACGCAGAGCACAUAUUCUUAUCAUUUAGGAAGUCAAAGUCACCAUUUGCAGUUUGCAAGCAUAUUUUGGAAACAAGUAAAGUGGACUAUGUCCUCUUUCAAGCUGCCACGGCCAUAAUGGAAGCGGUCGUCCGGGAGUGGAUUCUCUUGGAAAAAGGAAGCAUCGAGUCUCUGAGAACAUUCCUCUUAACCUACGUCUUACAGAGGCCCAACCUCCAAAAGUAUGUUCGGGAACAGAUUCUAUUAGCAGUAGCAGUAAUUGUAAAACGCGGAUCCUUAGAUAAAUCAAUUGACUGCAAAAGCAUUUUUCAUGAAGUCAGCCAGUUGAUAAGUAGUGGCAAUCCCACUGUGCAAACUCUGGCCUGUUCUAUUCUAACUGCACUAUUGAGUGAAUUCUCAAGUUCAAGUAAAACUAGCAACAUUGGACUCAGUAUGGAAUUCCAUGGUAACUGCAAAAGAGUUUUUCAGGAAGAAGACCUUCGUCAGAUCUUCAUGUUAACGGUUGAAGUUCUUCAGGAAUUCAGCAGGCGCGAAAACCUCAGUGCUCAAAUGUCUUCGGUGUUUCAGCGCUACCUGGCACUUGCCAAUCAGGUCUUGAGCUGGAACUUUCUUCCUCCAAAUUUGGGCAGACAUUAUAUAGCUAUGUUUGAAUCUUCACAAAACGUGCUGUUAAAGCCAACGGAGUCUUGGCGGGAGACCCUUUUGGACAGCAGAGUUAUGGAGCUGUUCUUCACGGUACAUCGAAAAAUCAGAGAAGAUUCAGAUAUGGCACAAGAUUCUCUUCAGUGCCUUGCCCAGUUAGCUUCUCUUCAUGGACCCAUCUUCCCCGAUGAAGGCUCACAAGUUGAUUAUCUAGCACACUUCAUUGAGGGAUUACUGAAUACUAUCAAUGGAAUUGAAAUAGAAGAUUCUGAAGCUGUGGGGAUCUCCAGCAUUAUCAGCAACCUGAUAACUGUGUUCCCUCGAAAUGUUUUAACUGCCAUUCCAAAUGAACUUUUCUCGUCCUUUGUUAACUGCCUCACACACCUCACUUGUUCUUUUGGGCGAAGUGCUGCACUGGAAGAAGUGCUUGACAAAGACGACAUGGUGUACAUGGAGGCGUAUGACAAGUUGCUGGAGUCCUGGCUGACUUUGGUUCAAGAUGACAAACAUUUCCAUAAAGGCUUUUUUACCCAACAUGCAGUUCAAGUUUUCAACUCCUAUAUCCAGUGCCACCUCGCUGCUCCAGACGGCACGAGGAAUUUGACUGCCAAUGGUGUGGCCUCUCGCGAGGAAGAAGAAAUAAGUGAACUUCAAGAGGAUGAUCGAGACCAGUUUUCAGAUCAACUAGCCAGUGUAGGAAUGCUAGGAAGAAUUGCUGCAGAGCACUGUAUACCUCUUCUGACAAGUUUAUUAGAAGAAAGAGUCACCAGGCUCCAUGGUCAGUUACAGCGCCAGCAGCAGCAGUUACUUGCCUCACCUGGCUCAAGCACCAGAGACAGCAAGAUGCUUGAUGAUCUCUAUGAAGAUAUUCACUGGCUUAUUUUAGUUACAGGCUACCUCUUAGCUGAUGAUACUCAGGGAGAGACUCCGCUAAUACCUCCAGAAAUAAUGGAAUAUUCCAUUAAGCAUUCAUCUGAAGUUGACAUUAAUACAACACUUCAAAUUUUGGGAUCUCCAGGAGAAAAGGCUUCUUCCAUCCCAGGGUACAACAGAACAGAUUCUGUGAUUAGGCUAUUAUCUGCCGUUCUGAGAGUUUCAGAAGUUGAAUCUCGAGCAAUAAGAGCAGAUCUCACUCACCUACUAAGCCCUCAGAUGGGCAAAGACAUUGUGUGGUUUCUAAAACGCUGGGCAAAGACUUACCUCCUGGUGGAUGAGAAACUAUAUGAUCAGAUAAGUCUGCCGUUCAGUACAGCAUUUGGAGCAGACACGGAAGGCUCUCAGUGGAUUAUUGGCUACCUCUUACAAAAGGUCAUCAGUAACCUCUCAGUGUGGAGUAGUGAGCAGGACCUUGCAAAUGACACUGUGCAGCUCCUUGUCACUUUGGUGGAAAGAAGAGAAAGAGCAAACUUAGUGAUUCAGUGUGAAAACUGGUGGAACUUAGCUAAGCAGUUUGCAAGUCGAAGCCCACCUCUGAAUUUCUUGUCAAGUCCUGUGCAGAGGACACUGAUGAAGGCUCUUGUCUUGGGUGGUUUUGCACAUAUGGACACGGAAACCAAACAGCAGUAUUGGACAGAGGUUCUUCAGCCCCUUCAGCAGCGAUUCUUAAGAGUGAUAAAUCAAGAAAACUUCCAGCAGAUGUGUCAGCAAGAGGAGGUGAAGCAGGAAAUCACAGCCACACUGGAAGCCCUGUGCGGCAUUGCGGAGGCCACGCAGAUUGACAACGUGGCGAUUCUUUUUAAUUUUUUGAUGGACUUCCUUACCAAUUGCAUUGGACUGAUGGAAGUUUACAAAAAUACCCCAGAGACUGUCAAUCUCAUAAUAGAAGUUUUUGUUGAAGUUGCACAUAAACAGAUAUGCUAUCUUGGAGAGUCCAAAGCUAUGAACCUCUAUGAAGCCUGCCUUACUUUGCUGCAAGUAUAUUCUAAGAAUAACUUAGGGCGGCAGAGAAUAGAUGUAACAGCAGAGGAAGAGCAGUACCAGGACCUGCUUCUCAUUAUGGAACUUCUCACUAACCUUCUGUCAAAAGAAUUCAUAGAUUUUAGUGAUACAGAUGAGGUGUUCAGAGGACACGAGCCGGGGCAAGCGGCAAGCAGGUCUGUGUCCGCAGCCGACGUUGUUCUCUAUGGCGUGAACCUCAUCCUGCCCCUGAUGUCCCAGGACCUUUUGAAGUUUCCAACACUUUGUAAUCAGUACUACAAAUUAAUCACAUUUAUCUGUGAGAUUUUUCCUGAGAAGAUACCACAGCUCCCUGAAGACCUUUUCAAAAGUCUGAUGUGCUCUCUGGAACUAGGCAUGACAUCAAUGAGUUCGGAGGUUUGCCAGCUCUGCCUGGAGGCAUUGACGCCAUUAGCUGAACAGUGCGCCAAAGCGCGAGACACGGAGUCACCCCUUUUUCUAGCAACACGGCACUUUCUCAAGCUGGUUUUUGAUAUGCUGGUUUUGCAAAAGCACAACACAGAGAUGACCACUGCGGCUGGGGAAGCUUUCUACACGUUGGUGUGCUUGCAUCAGGCUGAAUAUUCCGAAUUGGUUGAAACAUUACUGUCAAGUCAACAAGACGCGGUCAUUUACCAGAGAUUAGCAGAUGCCUUCAACAAGCUCACUGCAAGCAGCACUCCUCCGACGCUGGACCGGAAGCAGAAGAUGGCCUUCCUGAAGAGUUUAGAAGAGUUUAUGGCAAAUGUUGGUGGUCUCCUUUGUGUAAAAUAAACAACAAAACUUUAUGCUUAAUUUAGAGCCUUUCUGCAAAGUGCACUGAAUUGCUAAAAGCUGACUUGAGUCUUGUCCUGUUCUUCAGUUCUUUGGCCAUUUUGGACUUCGGAGAGCCUGAAAGUUCGAUACGUAACGCAGUGAAACAGGAGAGGUCACCUUUGAAUCAGCUUCCACUGUUGGGCGUUAGCCACAGUCUGUCAUAUUUGUCUUGUAGAUUUUAAAUGUUGAUUUUAAUAUUUUCAAUUCCGUAUGUGUGCAAACAGAUAUGGGCACCAUGAAAUGCACAUUCAGUGCCUUUCCCCCUUUAUCAGAACAUUCGGUGGCUAGCCAAAGUUUAGAUUUUCUGUUAAAUUAAAUACAUUAGAUGGACAUAUGCUUAGCAUUGUUUCUCAGAAUGUUGCCCACAGAGCACCUGCAUCACUCGAGGAGCUGGUUGAAAAGGUAGAUUCCUGGGCCCAACUGUAGACCCUCCAAGUCAAAGUUUCUUCUUGUUGGGCCUUGGACUCUUCAUUUUAACAGGCUCCUCCCUUCUGCCACCCCAGAAGUUUUGAAUCAAUGCAAAAGACAUUGGAAACUCCUAAGAGGUUUUGUGCUUUCAGACUUUUCCUCCCUUUGAUGGGAUGAUUGGGUUUCUCACUCAGCAGGAAGAAGAGACAGCAGUGUUGUUGGCUGGCCUCUUGAGGCCCACGCUCUCGCUCUCUGUUCGCUGUGACGUCAGCCUGGUGCUGCAGGUUUGUGAGGUACAGGUCUCUAGUCAAACUCUGAUGCCUGAACUUCAGGAGGAAAAUGGGUGUGUGUUUUUGUUCCAUAAAAAGAACUUUAGGAACUGUAGCCAUUUCAUUGCCUUAAUUUUAAGAAGAAAAUACAAAAAAGAGAUUUGUUUUAGUAAGAAAUCAAGUCUUGAUGCUUCAGAGUUGGUUCAGGGUGUUAGCUGCUAUGAACCCGGUGCCCUUUUGAUCGUGUAUUUAUGUUGGGUUUAGAGUGAAGUGAAAGUCUCAUUCACAUGUAGUCUAACUUUUUGGGUAUGUUUCUCUUCAGCCAUGGAGCCCAUGGCUGGUAAUCUAUUCUGAAUGGCUUGCUUAAGCAAUAACUACUUUAAAGGAUGUGAAUUACUGAUUCAUACAGACUAUUAUACGUUGGGGCAUUUGGGGCAAUAAUUACGCUGGAGUGGACGUUCUCCUUAUUUCACAGGAGCCAUGCACAGUUCAUUUAAGAGACUAAAAAAUUCCUGUUUAGGUCCCUCUGGUUUGAUUUUUCUAAUCAGGAGUUUGGCACCUGCUGCCGUGCUCUCCUGGGCUCCGCGUGCCGGCUCCUGCUGCGGAAGUGGGAGCGGACAGGCUGACUUCUAGACUGCAGGGUCAGAGCCCACAGCACAGUGACAGCCAGGGGGCGGGCCUGCUCCCGCCGCCGUGCCCUCGACCCCGGCACGCCCCGCUGUCCCUCGAAUGUAGUCUCCACAUCUGCAUGGCGUCUAGCGUACGCACCUUCACACGUGAUGCUGUGCAGAACUGUGUGUAACUCUGUGCUACUAACAGUUAACAAAACCGGAGCAUCUAAAUUACAGCCAGCCUGGCCAUGUGAUGUUAGACACGAGUGAAUGCAGAGCCGAAGGCCGUAACUUUUUGAGGAACUUUACUCCUAAUCGAUGACUGCUGAUUAAUAAAUGAGGUGGAGCAAAAACAUCUUAAAAGACAGCUAGGAAAAAAAAAUUAUCACUCUUCAUGAAAUCCACAUAUUGUAUUUUUAAGAACACUUUGAACAAGUGCAUUUAUUCUUAGGUUUCUUCUUUUUUCCCCUUAACUUGUGGCAAUAUUCUUUCUUGGUGUUUUGUGUUUCCCAGCCCCCUCACGCUUUCUUAAGAGUUGUGAGCAGUGUGUAUCUGUGUGUUCGAUAAGAAUAGUCCCUUUGACAAAGGACACUGAAAUACACAACCGAGUGGGUAGGUCUGCCACGACAAAACUAUAAUCAAAUUAUUACUAUAAAUAAAGAUGAGUAGGAAAGAAAUACCUUGGUAGAUAAAAAGGUGUCAGUAUUUAAUAACUUCUUCCAGACAGAAAUGUAUUUUAUAAAUUUGUCCAGAUUUUAUUAUAGUACUGCAAUUUCAUUAGAUCCAUUUCAGUUAAAGUGAGACUUACUUCAGAUUGGACCAAAUAAUGUUUCUGGUAUCACCUUAACGUUGAUUAGUGGCAAACUGGAAGAAGAAGCAACCCCCAUUUUCUAGGUAAUGGGGAUGCCACUCUAAUUGCAGCGGCUAAGACUUCUUUUCAGGGUGUUUGUGUUAAUGUUUGCCUGAUUGAAUACUCGUCCGGUUUUGUCUUUGGCUGUGUGUUUUGACUCUAGUUUGGGGGGGGCGGGGUUCAUGUUCUUGGCCCAAUGGAUAUAAAGAACACUGGCUUAAUUCUAGUAAAUUGAUUUUUACUGUCAAAACUAAGUUGUUAAAAGAGUUUUAAAAACAAAAACAUCAUCUGUGCCCCCCUUUUUGUGUGUUAAAGGGACACUGUCAAGGAUAUGAGUUUUAGAAUUCUGUGUUUUAUAAAAUUUCUUUUGUUCGUGUAUAGCAUCCUUUAACUUCUUGUUUUCAGUUCUUUGACUUAUUUCUUAUUUUAUUUUCCUUGCCCAUUUGUUUCCCAAAGGCACAGUCACUAAGGACUUGGUCCUUACACAAUUUGUAUCCAUAUAACAGCACCUAUAACUAUUCUUGUAACUAUUCAAAGGACUGGUUUGUUUUUUGGGUUCAGUGGGAGGCUGCCUGGGUAGCUAAACUGCUUGGCGGGAUUUCACCGUGUCCUUCCCAGCUGGGUCUUUUCUGCCUUGCUGUCUCUGGAUCUGCUGGAAGACGGGGGCAUGUUAACGUCACUGCAUUGAGUUUUUUUUGUCUGGUUUAAAGUGUGACAUCUUAUGUAGAACGACAACAACAAAAAAACCUUUGCAAUAUUUUUUAAAGAAUUUAGUCUUCCCUGUAAACCACGUUUCUAAUUACAUUACAUUACUCUGUUCAGAUAUGAUGGUUACUGCCUUUUUCAGUUUUCACUUCAAAACCAAGCAUCUCUAUAAUUUCCCCCCAGUCAGCAAUAUUUAACACUCCCCUUAUGUCUUCAGUGAACCUUUCUCUUUUACCAAGAUGUCAAGUCUUUGUCUUUCUAAUACCACCAUAUAUCCUGUUUCCGUUUAUAUCUGUGUGAAUCCCUUGAGUGUUGAAGGUAACUGGCUUUCAGUUUCAAGGGUUUCGGGUUGGAGUCUCCUACUAUUAAGUGUCAGUUGAACCCUUGACAGACUCUUGUCUGUUACAGUUCUGCUUGUUUGCCACUUAUCACCAGAAGUGGCCGCCAUUAAACCUUACUAAGUUAGCGGUCUCUGACGGGUAAUUAUCAUAAUUGGUUCCUGAGUAAAAUAUUAGCUGUUAAAGGCAGAAGGGACCUAAGUACUUUCUUAGUGGUGGUGUUGGUUUUUUUUUUUUUUUUAAACCAGAGAAUAAGGAACUGAUUGGAUAUAAGUUUUUAACAUAAUUUUCUAUAAAUUCUUCUACAAAACAGCAUAGCUGAUCUGAGGAUGUAAUAAUGUUUUAAAUUAUUUUUAAAUGUAAGUGGGUAUUCUCUGAUUUGGCAAAACACUACAUUUAAGAAUUAGUUAAAAACUGAUUUUCUAAAAUUAACCAAUGUCCAAAUUAAGCAUAUUGGCUGAGCUCAAAUUGAUUUGAAGUGCCCUGGUUCAGGCUGAACUUUAGAUGUGUAACUUGGAUGUGAGAAAUGUGAGAUAUUCCUGACUGAUUAUAUUGGGAACCCAUGACAUAGCCAAAGAAUCUGUUUGGUCCACGCGAAGACACAAAUUUAAUCACGGCCGUCCGUUCUGUUUUAAAGAGGACGGAUGAGCUGUUUCUGGCCCAUAGUGCUCUCUGCUUCGGAAGGACAAACACGCCACGAGGGCUUUGGUGGUGGUUGCGAGGCGCAGCUUGCACGUUACACUCUGGAGACACACAAACCAUCGUCAUCCACAUCCACCGGGGCUUUACUCCUUACGUAUCCCAGGCCUCCUCACCGGCAGAGAGAAGUUUUCUCCUUCUCGGUCUUCCUAGCUAUUAGGAGCUGUCAGCUAUGUACUAAUAGCUCAUUUUCCUGGCCUGAAAAUAAAAAUACUGUAUCCGCACUAUGUACCUGAUGGGGAUCUGACCUCAAGUGUGUUCUGAGCCCAGGCUUCCUGGCGUGGUGUCUUUUACCACACAAAAUUAUGACAAAUUGCAAAUACUGGUAUUGUGAUUUGGUUCUCUGUACAAAGAAAGAAACUCCAUGCAGUGAGUUUGUGGUUUAAUGGUCACAAAAUGUUAGCACUGCUACCAUUCAGCACGUGUAAAAUUUUUUAAAUUUAUAAAUAUUAAAAUUUUAAACUUACA